CACAGUUCGUUUAUUUCCAAUACCAUCGGCGUAGCGUUCUGGUUUUCUCCUCAUUUCAACAUUUUGAUUCUGACUCUGACUCCCUCUUAACGAAUCCUCAAUUCACCUUCUCUUCUUAUAUACCUUCUUUAUCGCAAUUUACAACUAACUAUCCAUUUUUUUCCCAAUUUUUAAGAACCAAAAAAGCCAACAAAAAAAAAACCAAUCUUUUUCUUCUGAGUUGAUCACAACUGCUGCAAAAAAAUACAAUCUUUCAAUUAUUUUUUGACACCCUUUUGAGUUACCAUUGAAGUAGUGUUAUUGUUUUUUUUUUGGAAGAUGGGUACAGAGAGUAAAUACCAAAUGAAGGUGGUGAAUGGAGAUUUUGGCUACGUACUUGAAGAUGUGCCUCACUUGACUGAUUACAUUCCUCAGCUUCCUACUUAUGAUAACCCCUUACGGUCUAAUCCAGCAUACUCAGUUGUGAAGCAGUACUUUGUCGACAUGGAUGAUACAGUUCCUCAGAAGAUUGUUGUUCAUAAGGACAGUCAGCGAGGAGUACAUUUUCGGCGUGCUGGUCCCCGUCAAAAGGUUUAUUUCAGUUCAGAUGAUGUCCGUGCUUGUAUUGUAACAUGUGGGGGUUUGUGCCCUGGGCUAAACACAGUGAUCAGAGAAAUUGUACAUAGCCUUGACUAUAUGUAUGGUGUAGAUAAAGUCCUUGGAAUAGAAGGAGGCUACAGAGGUUUCUACGCAAGAAACACUAUCAGUUUGACUCCAAAGCUGGUAAAUGAUAUUCAUAAACGCGGUGGUACAAUCCUUGGGACCUCACGAGGAGGCCACGAUACAAAAAAGAUAGUUGACAGCAUACAGGACCAUGGAAUAAACCAGGUCUAUAUAAUUGGUGGUGAUGGGACGCUAAAAGGAGCAGCUAUCAUUUAUGAGGAAAUUAGGCGGCGUGGUCUCAAAGUAGUUGUUGCUGGGAUACCCAAGACAAUUGACAAUGACAUUCCAAUCAUCGACAAGUCAUUUGGCUUUGAUACUGCUGUAGAGGAGGCUCAACGUGCCAUCAAUGCAGCACAUGUGGAAGCUCAAAGUGCUGAGAACGGUAUCGGUGUGGUGAAGCUAAUGGGCCGCUAUAGUGGAUUUAUUGCAAUGUAUGCCACUUUAGCAAGCAGAGAUGUUGACUGCUGUUUAAUUCCAGAGUCACCCUUCUUUCUUGACGGAAGUGGUGGUCUCUUCGAAUUUGUUAAGAAAAGGCUCAGAGAGGAAGGACACAUGGUUAUUGUGAUAGCCGAAGGGGCUGGGCAGGAACUUCUUGCAGCAGAGAAUUCCCAUGCUGGAAGCGAACAAGAUGCUUCAGGAAACAAGCUUCUCCAAGAUGUUGGUUUGUGGCUAUCCCAUAAAAUCAGGGAUCAUUUUGAAAAAAAACUCAUGAUGCCCAUUACUCUUAAAUAUAUCGACCCAACUUACAUGAUUCGUGCUGUUCCAAGUAAUGCAUCUGACAAUGUAUAUUGCACGAUUCUUGCUCAAAGUUGUGUUCAUGGAGCUAUGGCCGGAUACACAGGCUUCACCUCGGGGAUUGUUAAUGGUCGCCAAACAUAUCUCCCAUUCAAUCGCAUUACUGUGAAGCAAAAUAAUGUGGUCAUAACAGACAGGAUGUGGGCACGACUUCUUGCUUCAACCAAUCAGCCUAGUUUCUUGAGCACAAAAUACAUUGUUCAUAUGGAACAGAGGCAGCAUCCACCAGCUCAGUUGUUAGAUGGAGAUGACAAUGAAAGUGAGACUACAGAUUUAUCGGGUCGUGUAGGAACUUAUUUGAAGGUGUUGGAUCAGUUACCGUGCCUCAGCUGUGGGCAGUAACAGAUGUACAUUGAAGGUUUUGUUGUAUCUAGUGAAGUUGUGCCAAAGCUUUGUUGUAUUCAAUUCAUGAUUAUGAACCAUAUUUAUUUAUUUUUAUGUUGUAUUCAAUUUAUUUUGGUUA